AUGGACCGUUCAGAUCCAGAUGGAAGUCCUCUCGCAAAGAAGAGGCCAGCUACUCGAAGGAAGUUCGCCAAAGAGGUUUACAAACCUUCAAACCGUUUAUUACCUCCCAACAAACGACUUUGGGCCAGCGAAAACGCCAAUGAUGUAUCGGAAGAUACGGCUUCAUCCAAAGAGCUUCAACAAGCUACAAAGCCACUUCCUCUCAAGAAGGGAAAGAGUAAAGCCAAAGAGGAGAGCGACUUGAAGGAGAAGCAGAAACCAGGACGAAAGAUUGCAAGUAAACCGGUCAAACUAUCAGACAAGUCGAAUGCGCAGAAGGAAGUCACGUCCCGACCGAGCGGGAGAGUGACGAGGUCCUCGGCCAUGACCAACACUCGAGUUGGAAGAUCAAAGAUGGACGUGUUGGACGAGGCCGAGGAGAAGCGGGCGGUGGAAGGCGAAGGCGAAGGCGAAGUCGAAGGAGCUGAGGAUGGAGAGGAGCAAGAUCAUUUCUUGGAUGUCUCAGCCGACCAUCGGAUCCACCCUUUCUUCAGAACCAAGAAACCGACUCAACAAUCCUUAGGCGCGGACGUAACGCUAACGUUCGAUAUCGAUCGUCACGCUCGGGCGCUUGCCGAUUGCUCACCAAUCCCUCGAAUCGGACACCAAGGUGGGGACGACGGGAGUAGUCUCAAUGCGGGGAUGAGCAAGAGGACCAGGCCGGUCGAUCAUUCGCCCGCUCCGCCAUCGCCGGCUGUCAAAAAACCAACACGAGCUAAGGUCAUCAAGCCUUCUAAACCUUCAAGGGAGCCGUCACCACCCAAGAAACGCGUCCGACGACAACCUGGAACCAAGUCUUCAAAGCCUAAGGUCUCUGAGACGCCUCUAAGCGAUGAUCCAUUGAUGAUUUAA